AUGGUUCAAAAGUUCGCUCGCCGGUUGCCGCCUUUCACCCUUGGAGUGCGCUUGAUUCACAGAAUCCUUCUCUUCGUUGCGGAUUUGGAUAAGCAACAAUCAUGGCUUAGCCCUGCGCGCUUCGCUUGUUUCCCUCCUCACCUCCACACCUUUCCCGUCUUCUCUUCUCCUCCCAUCUCCACCUCUGUAAAACUCCGCCGCCGUCUUUUCCUUUCAACAACAACCGUUUCUCCUUUCACCAUUCAAGAUCAACGCCCCACUUUCAUCCCCGAUGCCGUACCCGACUCCUCAGACAACCAAACCUCUUCUGAUUCUGUUGCUGUCGAUGAUAAUUUCAACGAUUCGGGGGUCAUCCUAUCGGCUUGCUUGGUCGGUAUCUUUACGGGAAUCGCCGUCGUUUUGUUCAACAACGGCGUACAUGAGAUUCGCAACUUUUUUUGGGAUAGAAUUCCUUCUAGAGGUGCUUCCUGGUUGCGAGAGGAGCCUCUCGACCCCGUUUGGGUGCGUGUCAUUUCUGCGCCUGCUUGCAUCGGUUUAAUCGUCAGCGUCUUGAACGCCGCUAGGAACGCCGUAUCGGAAGCUAGUUUUAGCGCCAAAGGAGCGUUGGGUUCGGUUUUGAAAGUUUUAGCGGCCUGUUUCACUCUGGGGACUGGUAAUUCCUUAGGACCCGAAGGUCCAAGCGUCGAGAUUGGUUCCUCCAUUGCUAAAGAAAUCCAUUCUAGUUUGGAUAAAAAUCCUCAAACCAAGCUCUCCCUCUUAGCUGCCGGCUCAGCUGCUGGAAUCUCAUCCGGUUUCAAUGCGGCCGUCGCGGGUUUCUUUUUCUCCGUCGAGUCGGUUUUAUGGCCAUCAUCGCCGGCGGAUUCAUCAGUGCUUUUGGUAUCUGAAAUAUGUUCAUUGGAUAGUGCAAAAUGUAAAGUGCCAUGGACAGCUACACCUACUAUGGAUAUUCUAUCUGCUGAAAUGAUAAUGAAUAAACAUGGUCUGAAUCAAGUUCCAGUUAUGUCAUGUAAAAGACGGUCGGGGACAGCCAAUUGGCCUUCUGGACAGAGAAUGUAUCAAUCUAACUUGCAGAGCCGUAGCUACAAGAGAGUCGCUUGAUUUUGACACAGUAAAGUCAAUCGUGAAAUGAGGAUGAAGCCUGGCCCUCGUACAUGAUAUAGAGUGGUUGACAUGACAAAUUUUGUUGCACUUUGAUUUCAAUCUUUGGUGAUCAUCAAUUCAGCCAUGGAAAAGGGGAUUGGCUCUGCAUGGUCAGUAUCCUUAACUAGGGGUGAAUAUUCGAU